GAUACGAGCAGUCAAUAAUUGACUUGUAUGGAAUGUCCGUAAUGGUGUACUGCAGGGUUGCCAAUCACAACUAUGGAUUGUAGUAUAUAAGGGAAGACAUCCCUAUGUUAUUGAUGGAGACUCUGUGAGGGGACUGACCCACCAGGAUUUAUAUUUCUAUAAGGAAUAUUUUUCCGUGUGUGGUAAUUGAGAGUUUUGAAAAACGAAUAGUCUUUAUCUGUCAUGAAUUUGAUUUGGUAUGCUUUAUCAUGGUUCUGCUCAAUCGAAUGUUGUUAUCUUGAAGAACAAAUCAGAAGCGAGUUGUUCCCGUAUUGGAAUCGUUGUGGGCUGUUAAUUUUCCCGUUGACUCAAUUUGUGAUAAUCUGAUACAUCAGAAAAUUUGUUAUAUCGAUUUCCAGUUGGUCUGCUGGUGGAAGUGUGACAAGGCACAGUCACCAAGAGCUAAUCCACGGACGAGAUCUAUUGCCCUACUCUGGUUUACCAUGUACAACAAUUCAAACUUACACAACACAACUUAAAAAGGAAAUGUAAGAUGGACCAACUAGCAGGGGCUAUGGCUAUACAUCGUAGAGACGACAAUGUACAAGUUAUAUAGUCGUCCAACAAGUGUGUGAAGCUUCCAAAAUGAACCCACGAUUUGCCGGAGUAGGGAAGCGCACGAAGAUCUUCUCCCAGUGGCUAUCAGCAACCACCCGAGUACAAGCUUCGAAUGAAAGGUCCAACACCAAAGAUGAUGUGAGGAAGGAGAACGAACUGCUCUGGACGGAACUAGACUCCCUUCAAAGGGAACACAAGAAACUUAAGCAGGUUGUCGAGCAGCUGUCGAGAGAUUAUGAGGAAAGUAAAUACUUUGAUCCUCUGCGUCGUUAUGAAAAACUUAAAGGAAUGAUAAAAAGGACGAUAUUGCAUCUGCGUUUGAACCAGGACGACAAAGGCUCGAGCUGCGGCAUCAGUGGUCUUAUACAAAGUUGUAGGGACUACGCUCAUCAGGUCGAGGCAGGAAAACGGCGAGAACAACACCAGUCGGCAAAUAUGUCGAAGCAGGACAUUGCACAGGAAAAUGAAAGUCUCCGAAUUCAAGUUAAGGACAUGCGCAGAGAAUGCUCAGUGAUUCGUGACAUCAUAAACCAACUUGAUCAGAACUAUGAGUCGUCGAAACAUUUUUCGAUCAUCCAACGAUACAGGGUAAUGAAGCUGAUGAUAAAGAGUGUGAUUCACGACCGGCUUGUUCAGUAAUGAAGAGGAAACGUCAUGGUGGCACCGAGCAGACCAUGACAUCAUAUGACUCCCGAGCACACCAUGACAUCAUAUGACUCCCGAACAGACCAUGACAUCAUAUGACUCCCGAACAGACCAUGACAUCAUAUGACUCCCGAACAGACUAUGACAUCAUAUGACUCCCGAACAGACUAUGAUAUCAUAUGACUCCCGAACAGACCAUGACAUCAUAUGACUCCCGAACAGACCAUGACAUCAUAUGACUCCCGAACAGACCAUGACAUCAUAUGACUCCCGAACAGACUAUGACAUCAUAUGACUCCCGAACAGACUAUGAUAUCAUAUGACUCCCGAACAGACCAUGACAUCAUAUGACUCCCGAACAGACCAUGACAUCAUAUGACUCCCGAACAGACUAUGACAUCAUAUGACUCCCGAACAGACCAUGCCAUCAUAUGACUCCCGAACAGAUUAUGACAUCAUAUGACUCCCGAACAGACUAUGACAUCAUAUGACUCCCGAACAGACUAUGAUAUCAUAUGACUCCCGAACAGACCACGACAUCAUAUGACUCCCGAACAGACUAUGACAUCAUACGACUCCCGAACAGAUUAUGACAUCAUAUGACUCCCGAACAGACUAUGACAUCAUAUGACUCCCGAACAGACUUUGAUAUCAUAUGACUCCCGAACAGAUUAUGACAUCAUAUGACUCCCGAACAGACCAUGACAUCAUAUGACUCCCGAACAGACUAUGACAUCAUAUGACUCCCGAACAGACUAUGACAUCAUAUGACUCACGAACAGACCAUGACAUCAUAUGACUCCCGAACAGACCAUGACAUCAUAUGACUCACGAACAGACCAUGACAUCAUAUGACUCACGAACAUAUUAUGACAUCAUAUGACUCCCGAACAGACCAUGACAUCAUAUGACUCCCGAACAGAUUAUGACAUCAUAUGACUCCCGAACAGAUUAUGACAUCAUAUGACUCCCGAACAGAUUAUGACAUCAUAUGACUCCCGAACAGAUUAUGACAUCAUACGACUCCCGAACAGAUUAUGACAUCAUAUGACUCCCGAACAGACUAUGACAUCAUACGACUCCCGAACAGAUUAUGACAUCAUAUGACUCCCGAACAGACUAUGACAUCAUACGACUCCCAAACAGAUUAUGACAUCAUAUGACUCCCGAACAGAUUAUGACAUCAUAUGACUCCCGAACAGAUUAUGACAUCAUAUGACUCCCGAACAGAUUAUGGCAUCAUAUGACUCCCGAAGAGACCAUGACAUCAUACGACUCUCGAACAGACCAUGACAUCAUAUGACUCCCGAACAGAUUAUGACAUCAAAUGACUCCCGAACAGACCAUGACAUCAUAUGACUCCCGAAGAGACCAUGACAUCAUAUGACUCCCGAACAGACUAUGACAUCAUACGACUCCCAAACAGAUUAUGACAUCAUAUGACUCCCGAACAGAUUAUGACAUCAUAUGACUCCCGAACAGAUUAUGACAUCAUAUGACUCCCGAACAGAUUAUGGCAUCAUAUGACUCCCGAAGAGACCAUGACAUCAUACGACUCUCGAACAGACCAUGACAUCAUAUGACUCCCGAACAGAUUAUGACAUCAAAUGACUCCCGAACAGACCAUGACAUCAUAUGACUCCCGAACAGACCAUGACAUCAUAUGAUCCCGAACAGACCAUGACAUCAUAUGACUCCCGAACAGAUUAUGACAUCAUAUGACUCCCGAACAGACCAUGACAUCAUAUGACUCCCGAACAGAUUAUGACAUCAUAUGACUCCCGAACAGAUUAUGACAUCAUAUGACUCCCGAACAGACCAUGACAUCAUAUGACUCCCGAACAGAUUAUGACAUCAUAUGACUCCCGAACAGACCAUGACAUCAUAUGACUCCCGAACAGAUUAUGACAUCAUAUGACUCCCGAACAGAUUAUGACAUCAUAUGACUCCCGAACAGACUAUGAUAUCAUAUGACUCCCGAACAGACCAUGACAUCAUAUGACUCCCGAACAGAUUAUGACAUCAUACGACUCCCGAACAGACCAUGACAUCAUAUGACUCCCGAACAGAUUAUGACAUCAUAUGACUCCCGAACAGAUUAUGACAUCAUAUGACUCCCGAACAGACCAUGACAUCAUAUGACUCCCGAACAGAUUAUGACAUCAUAUGACUCCCGAACAGAUUAUGACAUCAUAUGACUCCCGAACAGACCAUGACAUCAUAUGACUCCCGAACAGAUUAUGACAUCAUAUGACUCCCGAACAGACCAUGACAUCAUAUGACUCCCGAACAGAUUAUGACAUCAUUUGACUCCCGAACAGACCAUGACAUCAUAUGACUCCCGAACAGAUUAUGACAUCAUAUGACUCCCGUACAGAUUUUGACAUCAUAUGUCUCUCGAACUGAUUAUGACAUCAUAUGACUCCCGAACAGACCAUGACAUCAUAUGACUCCCGAACAGAUUAUGACAUCAUUUGACUCCCGAACAGACCAUGACAUAUGACUCCCGAACAGAUUAUGACAUCAUAUGACUCCCGAACAGAUUUUGACAUCAUAUGUCUCGAACUGAUUAUGACAUCAUAUGACUCCCGAACAGACCAUGACAUCAUAUGACUCCCGAACAGACCAUGACAUCAUAUGACUCCCGAACAGAUUAUGACAUCAUAUGAUUCCCGAACAGACCAUGACAUCAUAUGACUCCCGAACAAACUGUAAAAUAUAUAUGUUCUCAUUGUUGUAGGUUUCCCUCAGAGUUUUGAUUGGUCAUUUAUUGUAGUGGAUACCUGAUAGUAGUCAUCAAUAGUAGAACUCAUUACAUUAUAAGAUGAACAUCGACUAUGGUGACAUUAGUACUGUACGGCUAGUAUAUAGUAAAGACGGUUAUUAAGUCAAA